AUGGGCACAAGACUUGCAGUCUGCAACCAGUACCUGAGACAGAAGGAAAUCCUGCAGCUCCUGCUCCUGAUGCGACAGUGUAAUUACUCUACCAUCUCUGUGUACGACUCGGAUCUGUUCAACGCCAAUAUUCAACUGCAGCUGAAUGGACCUAACUACCGGACCCACCCAGCGGAUUCGAGCAGAGCAGCAGACUCGAGCCUUACCUUCCUCGUCGUCCUGGUCCGCACUGGACCCGGCGCCCGCCCAGUCCUGCCCAUCGCCCUCGGCUCCUGCCGCCUCCUCCUCCUCGGAGCCCGAACCCUGGCUGAAGUCAAUGCGCUGGGCCAGACGCGCCAGGUUCUGGGACAUGGACAGCGGCUGCAGGUACGUCUCAGUGCCAUCCAGGCCCACCUCCUGGACCUGCUUCUCGCAGGCCGACUCGAUGCUGAUCCGUACAGCGCGCACCCCAGACAUUCCGGCAGCGCGGGCGAGGCGGAAACACCCUCGCAGGAGCCAAAAAUCCAGAUGAGAACAGAAGUGCGUCCCCGGUACCCGGGAACCGGGGAACUGCAGAGCCUCUGCUGGCCCCCAGAAAAGCAGACGCUGACCCUAAACAGGAAAGGAAGCCGCGAGCACAGCAAUUUUCCCAGAAUGCACUGCAAUGCACUGCAGAACCCCCCCUGUGCUCCAAUUUCCAGGAACCCGGUGGGUGAAGCGCCGGCGCAGUGGCCUUCCGGACCAGUACUUCCGAUCUGUGAGCAUCCUGAUCGCCAGUGUUUUAAACUGUGCGUCCGAGAGUUGAGUAAAAUGAAGGAGAGAAUCCUGGAAGCAGCAAGAGAUAAGGGGACAGUCACCUACAAAGGAGUUCCCAUCAGACUGUCAGCGGAUUUCUCAAAAGAGACCUGACAGACAAGAAGGGGCUGGAAAGAGGUAUUCUAAGUCAUGAAAUCCAAAGACCUACA